AUGGGAGAAGCGCCAGACCAGCAGAAUGCAGAGCAGGCAGUGCGCGCCCGAGGCAGUAGAAUAGUGUCUCUUCCUGAUUCGUUCAGUGAUGGCGAUGUGGACCAAUGGCUCAAGAAGUUUACCCUUUGUGCUGAUGCAAAUGGGUGGGAAGACGAUGAGAGAAAAAAGAAGAUUCUUCCGACAUAUCUAAAUGGGAGAGCUUGGAUUGUUUAUGAUCGGUUGCCAGAAGACAAGAAGGACACCAGAGAGACGCGUCUGGCAACGCGGCAGUUCAGGGAGAGAAAAUGGAAGACUGAUGAACCAUUGGAGGUUUAUGCAGGAGAGCUAGAACGUCUCCUGGACAGGGCUUACCCAGCACUAGGAGCCGAUGAUCGGCAACAGCAGCUAGUAGACCAGUUCACUGAAGGAAUGCCACCAGCUGUACGUCGGGAAUUAGAACUUCAUGCACAGGCAACAUUCGAGGAUACCAUACUGCGAGCAAGAGAGCUAAUGCUCUUGGAAGACAGAAAGAAGGUACGAGCUCAGACUGUCGAAGCUGUCAAGGAUGUUACCCAUUCUGAUUACACAACUGAGCUGGAACGACCAGUGCAACAUCUAGAGGCACAAUUGCGGCAACCAACACCCACAUGGUCUAAAGAGAAAUACCCACAAUUACCUCACACACCACGAGGAUUGAACAAAAGGGAUCUGAUUUGCUUUCAAUGCAAUCAGCCUGGGCACUUACGCCGCAAUUGUCCCUUGUUCUCUGGUCCAAAACAGAUGGGCCUUGCUAUCUUUGUGGCCAAAUGGGUCAUCACCAACGUCAUUGUGGACAAAGGCCCACUCAACCUCAAGGUCGUCAAGGAAACAAUCAGUCUUUGCACAGUCCAAUCAAUGGUGGUGCUUAUGCAAGACAAGAAUGUCAUAGUAAUAGAACAUCCAAGCAGUCGAGCAAGCCAACUGAUCGCUUCUAUCAAAGCAAGCCAACGGAUCGCUUCUAUCAAAUCAACGGGUUGA